GGCGUCUUCAUACUUUGGCAGGGAAUCAUGAACACGCGGGUUUCCCUAAAACGUUCUUUAAUUACCAACUUCAGUCGGAGAGCUAUCAAAGACGCCGAGUUACUCAUUUCUCAGUGUUUCCCCCGUGAAAUAGAUGAAUUAGAAGACAUUGCUUGUUACAACAUCGGCACUAUAGAAUCGCGCCUCUCUAACCAUAUUGAUUUUGUCUCCAAUGAGAUUACAACAAAAUAUGCACAGUUAAAACCAAUUCUUCAGAACCUUGAAGCCCACAAUUCAUUAAUUAGAAGCUGGGUGACGUUUAUUUCUCGGGAAUUUCAGACGUUCAAAGAUGCUGGCAGUUUAACUUCGGAAGAAUCGUUUUCCAAGUUACAACAAGUGGCUGAUUAUUGCAAACAAUCUUUGGAUAAUCUUUCUGCCUACGUGUCUCAGAAUGAGAAACUGACGGAGAAAUGUAAAAGCUACGAAGAUGAGGUUUUCUAUCAAGAACUGGAAUACCUCAAUAAGCGUCACUUAUGCCGGAUUAAUUCGAUGCCACAAGAAAUAAGAGAGAAAUUCCUCAUUCUGACCAGUGUAAUCUUCAGUAUACUUGCAAUAUUGCGACCGAUUCAAUCUGCAAGGAAUUGA